CUCCAGCAUGCCCACUCAUGUUCUGGUGGUGGAGGACAACCCGGUCAAUCAGAAAGUUGCGGUCGCGAUGGUGCAGAAGACUCUCGGACGGGAGCAUGUGAUUGUUGACGUCGCAAACAACGGUCGGGAAGGCUUGGCCAAUUCAACAGAGCACGGCCACAAGUACGAUCUUAUCCUCAUGGACGUCCAGAUGCCUGUCAUGGACGGCUUGGAGGCCACGAGACGCAUCAGGGAGUGGGAGAAGUCGCAUGCGGGGGAGGCUCCAUACUUCAUCGUUGCGGUCACAGCGCAUGCCAGCAAGAUGCAUGUGGAAGAAUGCUUAGAAGCAGGAAUGAACAGGCACGCGAGCAAACCGCUCACCCUCGUGUCGAUGAGAAGAGUUGUCGAGGAGUAUCGCGAUUGGCGCGUCAAGAUGUUCAAAUCUUGUAAAUAGCGAAGAUUCACCAACAUCGAUAUUGUUUCUCUACAAAG